CACACACACACACACACACACAGCGUACAAAAGCCGUGGGAUCCGAGCGGCCCCGCAGCGGUCUCACACACACACACACACACACCCCGGCGCCGGACACACACCGCUCCGCUCAGAUUCUCUCCAGACUGCAGGAGCGAUCACACACAGAUAUGACUGCAUGCAUCUUCUUACGAGGAGCCAAAAUCGACAGAGAAUUGGCAGAUGAUGAGAUUGAAGAGCUCAGAGAGGCAUUUAAUGAAUUUGAUAAAGAUAAAGACGGUCUGAUCAGCUGCAAGGACCUGGGGAACCUGAUGAGGACCAUGGGCUACAUGCCGACCGAGAUGGAGCUGAUCGAGCUGGGCCAGAACAUCAACAUGAACCUGGGAGGACGGGUGGACUUCGAAGACUUCGUGGAGUUAAUGGCCCCGAAGCUUUUAGCCGAAACGGCCGGGAUGAUCGGAGUGAAGGAGCUGAGAGACGCCUUCAAAGAGUUUGACAUGGACGGGGACGGCUCCAUCACCACCGAGGAGCUGCGGAGCGCCAUGAGCAAACUUCUGGGAGAACACAUGAGCCACCGAGAGAUCGACGCCGUGGUGAGAGAGGCGGACGACAACGGAGACGGGACGGUGGACUUCGAAGAAUUCGUUCGGAUGUUGUCGAGCUGCUGAGAAACACACAACCCUGAAUAAGAGAGACCUCCUCCAGAAACUAUGCAACAAUCUCAGGCUUUGAACGGAGAGAUGAUCUGAGACACGGCGGUGAAACACUUCUGACAGAUUACUAAUGCAACUGUUUUUAAGAGAUAUUUGCUCAAUAAAAUACAA